AUGGGUUCGCAAACGCUGGAAAUUUUAAGACAAGGCGUCUGGGCGAGCCUGACAGGAGGCUGGUUUUACGAUCCACAUCUCGAUGUUUUCUCAAAUACCUUUCAUCUUUAUGUCUGGCUGUUUUUGCUUUGUCUUCCAUUUACGAUAUAUCUCUAUUUUCCACCAACAUUAUAUGUUUGGUUAGCUUAUUGUUCAUCCAUUGUUGUAUUAUUUGGCACAAUAAAGUGUAUAAAUCAUGCGUUGCACUGUGUCUAUGAUACAACUGAAUGUUUGGAAGAACCAGGUCAAUCUAUCAGUCAACAGAAAUCUGAAAGCGAGAAAAGACGUGUGGCACGUAAUAAACAUAGAGAACAAUUACAAGAUCAAGUGGAUCAUGGUAUAGAACUUCAAGUUUUAAAUGGUAAAACUGAUACUCCACCUGUGGAAUGUUCAUCCCGUAACUCUUUUAUAGAGUCCAAUAUACAAAAUGCAGAUGCCGAUAGUAUAACAUCAGAAUAUAAUAGAGAAAAACCUAGUUCUACCAUAGAUUUAAAAGUUGAAAUACAUAGAAAAAAUAGUUCAGAAAGUUCAGAAGAAGCACAACAAUUAAGCAAACCCAUGGUAACAAGUAUUAAUGUACAUGAAGCAGAAUUAGUUUCUGCUCAAUACCAUGAACCGCGUUUUAGGAAUAUAAUAAAUGAAUGGCGAUUGAAGCGACAAAAAUGUGUGGUGAUAGCGGAAGAAGAUCGACCAGGUCCACGUAAAUUGUGUAGACAUGCAUCUGAAGAUUCUAGAAAUCGACACUCAAAACAGGGUAGCCUUGGAAAAACUGGGUCUGAGAGCCAAAUAAAACAAACUAGUUCCUUAGAAUUAGAACAUCAUGGUGAUGAUUAUGCUUAUUGGAAAUCGAAUCAAAGUGUUCGAAGACUUAAUUCAAACUCAAUUCCAAUGGAAACUCAUUUAAUGAAUGAUCAUCCACAAAGUCUUGAAAUUAUAUCAAAGAAAGAAGAUGCAGACAAGAAUAAAAUCUCAUCACAUCCUCAAUCAUUAGAGGUGAUUACGAAAAAGCCACAUCAGCAACUUAUUCAUCCACAAAGUCUUGAAACUAUUGGUGCAACUAACAAAAAUGUAAAUAUUACAGAUGAUAAUAAUCUACCUUUACAUCCACAAAGUCUUGAAACAAUUAAUACUAAAAAGGUUUUACCUCAGAAUACCUUAACAAGGAAUCAAUUACAAUUAUUACCAUAUCUCAGUUAUGGAUCUGAAAUAGUACAUCCAAUAGCAGAACAAAGUGAUGAACAAUUUGCUAAUGAAAGUUCGGGUGGCUUUAGUCUUGGAGAUUCAUAUAGUCCAUUAUUGACUAGAAAAACAACGAAUGACAACACUACCACUUCUAAUCGUGACAGAAGUCUUAGUACUGGUAGAUUUGAUGAUAGAUUUUCAAGAUUUAAUGGUGAUACUGUAGUUGACAAUGAUUCUGCAAACUCUCGUGAUGCACUUCUUGAAGAACCAAAAUCUAGUGUUAAAAGAAGAUACAGUAAUGCAAGUCAAAGUAGUCAUGAAUAUUCUGAUGGAGAGAGACAUAAAGAUAAACGACAUGAUAAAACGAAAAAUAUAGAAGACCCUUUAAACUCGGGCAGUGUUGUUGGAAUAGACUGGUUAUUCGAAAGUAGUGAUUGCCCAAUUGAACCAUGGACAAGUAAGAUAUUUUGGACUUUUACUCGAUCUGAUGAUACGGAUACAUCAGAAAGUCUACAGACAGCUAGUACUGAUUAUCUCCAUGCAAAAGAACCAGAUUCGGGUUCAUCUAGUACAACAACUUUAAGCAUAGAAAAUGAAGUAAAACGAAAAUUACUUCCACAAUUGGAAAUAGAUAAUAAACGUCAUCAAGGUGCCAUUCCAAAACAAAGCCGUCCAAAACCUGCACAAGAAACAGCAGAUGACAACAUUUCUUGCAUUGAACAAAUCAGACCAAAACCAAAACGAACAAUGGAAAUUCGUAAAGAAAAAGAUAGACGAGAAACGAAAUUUGAGCAAACCACUGGUUCAAAUAACGAGUUGAGCACGCUAUUACCUAGUCCUGCACCCCCAUUAUUGGCUGCAUUAUUAAAUUCUGGCAGAGAUUUGUCUGCUCAGUCCAGUACUGUAUCUGAUCUCAGACCUAAUCGUAACUCUGAAACUAGAAAUUCUCGAGCAAGGCAGAGUCGCUUGAAACGUUCGAAUAGAACUCAUAGAGGACCAAGGCCUACUAGAGAUGAUAAUGUUGUACCAUUGACUGCUCUGUUUGGUUUAAUAUCUAAUGGAGAAUGUCAUUUAGCGACUAAUCAUAAUGACACGUCUGAAGGGGCUGUGCAUUAUUUUCGAGAUGAUAAUGGAGGAUGGUUGGCAUAUACUUUUGAUGAAAAAGGUUCUGGUCUUGCUACAGCAACACAAAUUCCUUCAAGUAAUAAUGAAAAAUUGUUGAAUACUUUAUUGCGUCAACAACUUAAUCAAAAUUUACAUUAUGAUGCAAAUUGGGAAUUAACAGAUUCAUUAAGCAAUAGUUAUAGCAGUUUAUCUUUAAAUUCUGCUGGUUUGACAGUUAUCAUAGAUACACCACCCGUCUUAUCAAGUCCAGCGAGCAAUCAGACCAAAACACAAAAUUCAUUGCCAUCAAAUUUAAUUUCUUCAAAUGCUGGAAGCUCAAGCCAAUGUCCAGUGGGAAAUCCAGAAUGUGAUCAGCUUCGUCAUACUCUUAUUUCGCGUUCAGACUCAAUGGCAGAAAGAAAUCGCAGAUUACAUAGUUUAUUAGGAAAUUUUAAUUUAUAUUCUUACUCAUCAGAUUCCAAUAAUCGCGUGCCCGUAUUAACAUUGCCUGCGCAUCAAGAAGCUGACAUAAACUCAAGUUUAUCUUGGAAUCGUUUUAUAGACGGUUUAGAUGGAUCUGAUACAAAACCUAAGCAAACAAGGCAUUAUUACAAGUGGAAAAUAGGAAGAUUGCCACAUAUCAAAGUGCGAUUUGAUAGACUGUCAUUGUUAGCUCUACUCGAUCGUAAUUUAACUACUCUAGAAACAAUUGUUUCUACAUUAUUAGCUGUGAUUGUUGCAGGUUUAGGUUUAAUUUUGCUUCAGCAAGGGUUUUAUCGAGAUAUCUUUGCUUUUAUGUUUUGUUUUGUAACUGCUGGUUGUCAAUAUUCUUUAUUAAAAUCAGUUCAACCAGAUGCUGCAUCCCCGACACAUGGUUUUAAUCGUAUCAUAGUGUUUUCUAGGCCAGUAUAUUAUAUAUUAUGUUCAGGAUUUAUUUUAAUCUUUAAUGAAUCAUUAAGGAAUUUUAAAAGUUCAGAAUUUCGCGUAUAUGGUUUACGUGUUGUUGAUUGUGACGUCAUAUUACAAAUAAGGAAUGUUUUACUAAUUUUUCUUCUUUGCUUCCCGAUUGUAUUCUCAUUAGGUUUGUUUCCACAGAUAAACACUUUCCUAAUGUAUCUCUGUGAGCAUUUAGAUAUUCACUUAUUUGGUGGAAAUGCUGCUACCAGUCUGGUGUCUUCUAUAUACUGUCUUGCUCGUAGUAUAAUCACUGUCAUUAUAUUAUAUGGAUUUGCAUAUGGUGCUCUUACUGAACCUAAAUCUUCACAACAUAUCUUAUUUUCUAUUUUUGCUGGAUUACUUGUAGCUAUAUCUUACCAUCUAAGUAGAUCAUCUUCAGAUCCUAGUGUUAUUUGGGACAUUGUGAAGUCAAAUCUUUGGCCUCCAGAAAUGUACAUUGAAGAGAAAGAAGCAAAGAUUAUAGAAAAUACAACUCAUAGAGAUAAUUUAACUACAACCUAUAAAGAAGCUAAAAUUAGAACUUCUGGUAGAAAAAAAGAUGUAAAAAUAAAAGUUGGAGAACAGAUGUCUGAUUCAGAAUUAGUUGAUCCUCUUCCAGAAAAAUUACGUGCAACUGUUAAUGCCAGACUGAAAAAUGAUCUAAUUGUCUGUGCUGUGAUCGGAAUUUUAUCCUUUGGAAUUCACUGUUCUACAGUAUUCACUGCUUUACAACCAGAAUUAAAUCCUGUAUUGUGGGGUAUAGUCAGUUGCUUAGGAUUUCUUUUGCAUUAUGUAGUACCACAGCUUAGAAAACAAUUACCAUGGUUGUGUCUUGCAAGACCUGUCUUACGUAGUCACGAACAUGCACAAUUUGAAGUACGCGAGCCAGUCAAAAUUAUGUGGUUUGAGAAAGCUUAUGUUUGUUUAUGUUUUCUUGAAAGAAACAUUCUUUAUCCUAUUGUAUUCUUAGGUGCACUUACUGAAUGUUCAUCAAAAAUAGUAUCGAAAUUUGGAGAAAGUAUUGGAGCCUUGAUCAUCGUUAUAUGCGGCUUAAAAUCUUUACGCUCGGCAUAUUCUGAUCCAUCAACUCGUUAUUUAGUCCUUGUUUUCGCUGUCCUUUUUUUUAAAAUAGAUUUUCGUGAUUUAAGUGAAACGUUUUUAGUAGAUUAUUUUGUAACAGGUAUAGCAUUUGCAAAAAUUUAUGAAUUGUUAUUGAAAAUAAGAUUUAUUGUGACAUAUAUCGCACCAUGGCAAAUUACUUGGGGUAGUGCUUUUCAUGCCUUUGCUCAACCAUUCUCCGUUCCACAUUCUGCAAUGCUUUUUCUUCAAGCAGGUAUAUCUGCUAUGUUAAGUACCCCAUUAAAUCCACUUUUAGGAAGUGCAAUUUUUAUAUCAUCGUAUGUACGUCCAGUUAAAUUCUGGGAACGUGACUAUAAAACAAGAAGAGUUGAUCACUCAAAUACUCGAAUGUCUUCACAUUUAGAUCGUAAUUUAGGUGCAGAUGAUAAUAAUUUAAAUUCUAUAUUUUAUGAACAAUUGACACGGUCUCUUCAGCAUAGUCUUUAUGGUGAUCUUGCUCUUGGUCGUUGGGGUAAUGUAGAGCAAGGAGAUUGCUUUCUUUUAGCAUCUGAUUAUCUAAAUUGUUUAGUACAUAUAGUGCAGUUAGGAAACGGUUUAGUUACUUUUCAAUUAAGGGGUCUUGAGUUCAGAGGAACAUACUGUCAACAAAGAGAGGUCGAAGCAAUAUCUGAAGGUAUUGAAGAUAAUGAUAAUUGUUGUUGUUGUGAAAUGGGACAUUUUUCAAAUGUACUUAGUGUCAAUGCAGCUUUUAGUCAGAGAUGGCUUGCUUGGGAAGUUGCAAGUGCCAAGUAUGUACUUGAAAGUUACUCGAUUUCGGAUAAUUCAGCUGUGUCAAUGCUGCAAGUCUAUGAAUUUCGUAAAGUAUUAAUUACUUAUUAUGUCAAAAGUAUUGUUUUCUAUGCUCUUAAGUCUCCAAAAUUAAAAACUUGGUUGGAGAAUCAAGAUAUCAUUGAUGCACUUAAAACAACAUUGGAUAAAAAUUUCGCGGAUCUUGACCCUGUCUUCAAUAUGAAUAUUGACGAAGACUUCGACUUUAGAGCAAGUGGUAUUACAAGAAGUAGUUUUUGUAAUGUUUACCUUGAUUGGAUACAAUAUUGUGCAACUAAGCAUGAUAAGUCAAUGGAAAGAACACGUGAUUCAAAUUUGGUAUCACUUUGCCUGGGACUAAGUCUUUUGGGAAGACGCGUUUUAGGAGCAGCUUCUCACAACACUGUGUCAAGCGUCGAAUUCUUUUUAUAUGGUCUACAUGCACUGUUUAAAGGAGAUUUUCGAAUAACAUCGCCACGAGACGAAUGGGUACUUCAUGAUGUUGAAUUACUAAGAAGUGUUGUAGCUAAAGGUGUAAGAAUGGCUUUAAAAUUACAUCAAGAUCAUUUUAUGAGUUCAGAACAAUACAUAGAAUGCUCUGCUCUUUAUGAAGCCAUUGACAAUCAUGAUAAAAAUCUUGUGAUUAGUCACGAAGCUGAUCCUUUAUGGAGAAAUGCUGUUUUAAGUGGAGCACCUAGUCUUUUGGCACUUAGGCAUGUACUUGAUGAUGGUAUUGAUGAAUAUAAAGUAAUAAUGCUUAAUAAACGUUACUUAAGCUUUCGAGUAAUUAAAAUGAAUCGCGAAUGUGUUCGAGGUCUUUGGGCUGGUCAGCAACAAGAAUUAGUAUAUUUAAGAAAUCGAAAUCCUGAACGCGGUUCUAUACAAAAUGCGAAGCAGGCAUUGAGAAAUAUAAUUAAUAGUUCUUGUGAUCAACCUAUUGGAUAUCCAAUUUAUGUUUCGCCAUUAACUACCAGUUAUGCAGAAACUAAUGAACAGUUAUGUUCCAUAGUUGGAGGUCCUUUAAGUUUUGGUACCAUUAAAUCAACUGUGUUAAAAUUAUGGCGAAGAGUAAGAAGAAGAUGUGGUCAAGGGUGUUCAUCGGGUGGAACAGGAUCGCAAGAUGAUGGAGGUUUUGGAAAUGAUGGAGUAUACUCUAUGACCACAUACAAUAUCCACUCUGGAUAUGGACAAUCAGGUCAUAAUACAUCGGGAUCACAAUCAAUGGAAUCUGGAUGUCAAAUUGGUGGUUCAACAGGACGUGGUUCUUUAGGUCGAGCAAACACAAGUUCUCUUGGUGGUAACAGAGGUUCACUUGCUUCUGUUGGGAAACCCACUAGUUCAACACUUGCCAGUUUGGCUGGUCUUCUUAGUAAUAGUGACAUCAAAACUGAAAGUAAAAGUGAAACAAGUUUUUCUAAUAAACUUGACAAAGAAGAAGUGUUUCAGAGAGUUCGUAUUAUGGACCCGAAUCAAGUAUAUGAUGCAAUUAAUCUUGGUCGUCGAAUAGAUGUAAUUUGGCCAGAUGAAAAAAUGAGACAGCAAGGUGGUCGGUCGGGUUGGCAACAUUGGGUACCAGAAAGAGGAAUGGAAGGAUGUGUUGUUCACCGUUGGUCUCCAAAUCAUCGCGAUCCUAAUCGUCGAUCACACGUUGAUAAAGUUAUAUUGCUUGUUAAAAUCGAUGACAAAUAUGUUCCAAUAGCAGAACAAGGCGUACGAGAUCUGGGUGCAGAAGUUUAGUCAAAUAUUUUUCCAUAUAUUAUAAAAUCAUAUUCUAAUAAUUCUUAUAGAUCAAUUUUUUAAUCUAUAUAUUACAAUAAUAUAUUAAAGUGUCGAUUGUGGUAAAUGCAUUCCAGUUUGGUAAAAACAUAGACUAUUCUGAGUCACAAGAAUAUUUUUAAAUUAAUUUAUCAUUGAUAAAAAAACAAACUUCUUUUGAAUGAUUAUUUUUUAUAUAGUCAAGUAUAAUAAUGCAAUAAUUCAUUUUAGAUAAUAAUCUUUUCAUUUCGUAUAACAUCCCUGGAAUAGAAUCGAAAACUAUCAUAAAUACCAACAAAUAAUAGAAAAUAUUUAAUCCCGAGGAUAUGAAACUCAUUUAUAGACAGAUAUAUUUUAAUACUUUUUAACAAAGUCAACCACAGAAAUACUAUUUUUCUUAAUUUUCAAGAAAACAUAGAAAUAAUUAUUGAGUUAUGGAGUGCAAAGUAAAUUGUAUCAUGUUGUAUCAUAUUGUGUAUUAUAUUACUAUUAGUUGACUUACGAAAUAGCAUAUAAAUAUGAUGCUACUUGUUGUUAAAUAAGUUGUAAAAUUGCUUUUAUAGGGUAAAUAUUGAAUAUAUUCAUUCUUUGUUAAUUUAUGACUUUAAAAAAUGUACAUAAUUUUAAUAAUUCAAAUAUGAUGUAGUAGGUACUACAUUCUAUUUGAACUACAUAUUUCUGCUGUCAUUAUUAAAUAGAAUGAAUGUAUCCAAUAACAACAAGAGGCAUCAAUAGAAAAUUGUACAUAAAAUUAUUUGUGUUUUUCUACAUUUUGUUAUAUUUUUUUUAACUACUUGGUAGGGAUGGAUUGUAAAUUGUAAAUAAGAACACAUUUUCCAAAUUAAAGCGUCCAAAUGUAUCUAAUGAAUGUGUAAUUUCAUGGGGCCAUACAUUUGCCUCUACAGUACAUAUCGGUAAACUAAAACCAAUAACAUCUUAUCUGUAAUUUAAAUACAGUUUUAUUUUUAUGAGUAAUAUAAUUUUUGAAGUUAUUUAGAAACGCGCAAUAGAAGUAAUAGUAGUAUUAAGAAAUUUUCAUUCAUUAUUGUAAUAUAUUGUAAAAUAUUUUGUUAUCAUAACAUUAAGUGCAUGUUAUAAUAUUCAAAGUUUUUCAUUUGAAAUUAAGAUAUUCCAUUUACAAUACUUACUAGUUUGUUUAUAUUAGUACAGAUCAGGUGUUAUGUGCAAAUGUUAAAUAAUUACAAAACACCCACACACACAAUAUAUAUAUAUAUAUAUAUAUAUAUAUAUAUAUACACACAUACAUAUAUAUAUAUAUACCGGUUAUCUAAAUAAUAAGAAUUAUAAGAUUACUUGCAAAAAUUUCUUAAAUUUUGCUAUAAAUUUUUCUUAUUAAAUAAUUGUUCAAUUAUGUUAAUAACUUUUUGCAAGUAAUCAAUGAAGAGUCACAAUAAUGCCUUAUCAUGGUGUUUUAAAUGCACCUGACUGAUAAAAAACUUAGCUAGUCUUUUAAUUAAUAACACUUACAUAUUGCUUGCUGCCGAAACAAAAAGAUACAAGCUCUAUUAUUAGAGAUGACAUGGAUUGAUAACUUUAUUAUAUUGCUGGCUUAGUUUCAUACAUAGCUUGUACAGAAUUGUUUUAUGAUUAAGAAUAAAUAUAAAAUUUUAAUCAAAUUAGAUAUUACUCUAUUUGCAUACC